AUGGCUGGAUUUGCUCCUGAUGAAGAAAUCGAGCUUUAUGAGGAAAUUAAAUUUGAACCUGGUGUCAUGUGUGAACGGCUUGACAAGAGGACUACAUUCCGGUUUAGCCAGAUUGAAGAUGGGGACAUCAUUUGCUUCCAGAAACUCCCUCCAAUAGACAGGGAAGAACAAUGGCGACAUCCUGAUGUUCCUUCAUUUUUGGAAUAUGUGAAAAAUCGCCAGGUUGUUCAUUUCCGACCUCUGGAAAGACCAAAGGAGGAGGAUUUUUGUCUAGAGCUGUCAAAGUUGCAUACUUAUGAUGAUGUUGUGGAAAAAGUGGCACAACGACUUGGUUUGGAUGAUCCAUCCAAAAUCAGGCUUACUGCGCACAACUGCUAUUCUCAGCAACCUAAGCCGAGCCCCAUCAAGUAUCGAUCAGUGGACAAUUUGUUAGAGAUGCUGGUCCACUACAAUCAGAUUUCGGAUAUUCUGUAUUAUGAAGUGCUGGACAUCCCUUUGCCGGAGUUGCAAUGUCUGAAAACGCUGAAAGUUGCUUUUCAUCAUGCAACAAAGGAUGAGGCAAUAAUCCACAAUAUCAGAUUGCCUAAACAGAGCACUGUUGGAGAUGUUCUUAAUGAAUUAAAAACAAAGGUUGAGUUGUCUCAUCCAGAUGCUGAACUUAGACUGCUAGAAGUUUUUUAUCACAAGAUUUAUAAGAUUUUUCCACUUGGUGAAAAAAUUGAGAAUAUCAACGAUCAAUAUUGGACAUUAAGGGCAGAGGAGAUUCCAGAAGAAGAGAAGAACCUUGGUCCCCAUGAUCGAUUAAUUCAUGUUUAUCAUUUCACAAAAGAGACUGCACAGAACCAAAUGCAAGUCCACAAUUUUGGGGAACCCUUCUUCUUGGUCAUUCAUGAAGGAGAAACUUUGGUGGAAAUUAAGGCACGUGUUCAAAAGAAAUUGCAGGUUCCUGACGAAGAGUUCUCCAAGUGGAAGUUUGCAUUCUUGUCAUUGGGACGUCCAGAGUAUCUGCAGGACUCUGACUUAGUGUCCAGUCGCUUUCAGAGAAGAGAUGUUUAUGGUGCUUGGGAGCAGUACCUUGGGUUGGAGCACUCUGAUACCACUCCUAAAAGGGCAUACACAGCAAAUCAGAACCGUCACACAUUUGAGAGGCCAGUUAAAAUAUACAACUAGCUGAACUGCGGCCAGGGCAAUAGCUCAAUACCACAUCCCUUCGAAGCCACAAAAGCAGUGUGAAAGAGGUUAACUUAUGAUGGUCUACAUUUAUUGUUUAUGAAUUUGGUUGGUGGUUUUGUAGGCUAUGAUUCUUUUUUGACUUGGGUGGGGGAAGGGAGUUUAUCUCCCACAUGUAUCCUGAUUUUUACUGUUGAUACGAGCCCGCUUGAGCUUUCCCCCUCUACUCUUCUUGCUUUCCUCUCAAGGCAUUCCCUUUGCUUUGAGAGAGGCUGGUUCGUGUAAUUUAGCGUAUAUAAGAAGAUUUUGGUUCAAGGGAGUAUGUAAACUGGGUAUAGUUGGGUUCUGUUUUUCACAUCCAUUUUUUUUUCCUUGCCCUUCUCUCUUUCCCGUCGCCCCAUUUUGUCAUGCAAUAGGUUGUACAGGGGAUGGGUUUGUAAACAGUAGUGCUCAGCAGUCCAGUUCUUGUUAUAGUGCCUGUCUG